CACUCAAAAAGUGUGGAGGAACGAAAAGAGGAAUAUAACAGAGCUCGUGCCCGGAUAUUUAGUUCUAACAGUAGUGGAGGCACUGUUGGAAAACCAGAAGGUGAGCCCACAUUGCAGGAUAGUUUUCAAUCCUGCUUCUUGGGGUCAACUGGAGAAGAGAAAUUUGUUGCUGAAGGCCCUGAGUCCAACCUUAUUAGGAGUGUCAGUGAUUCUUCUAUGGUUUGCAGUAGAUCAGGUAGAAGUAGGACAGAGAAGGAGCCACUUAGUAGAUACAAGGCUAACAACAGGGUGGCAAUUUUUCGGGAUCGUGAGAUUGAACGGAAGGAUCCUGACUAUGACCGGAGCUAUGAUCGGUAUGUGCAAAGAUUUGACCCAGGGUUCGGUUUCAAUGGAGGACCAUAUCCCAUGCAGCCCAUGUAUACCCCUGCACUGAACUACAACACCGAAUUCCCUCAGCUUGGAUCAGUUCAUAGGCCUCAGAUUUCUAUGGAUCACCAGCCUCAGCCAAUUCCUCAACACCUCCGUGGACCGUCAUGGGCUGCUGCAUCAAACUCUGCAGGAAUUGGUUAUUGUCCUCCAGAGACCAUGAUGCCCCCUUUCAAUCCGAAUCAUGUUAGUGUGCAUUCAACCUCUGCUAUCUAUCUGCGUUCCUCUCAGUAUCCUUGCCCGCGCCCUGCGAUGCCAUUUGUCCAUCCUCACGAACAUGUGCACCAACCUUUUGCUCAGGAAGCACUAAUGAAGCAUACUUUCAAGGGCUACUCAUGGGAGUGAAGCAUGCACAGGCUGUGGGAUGGACCCAUGGGGAAAUUUGGAAUGAUUUUGAUGAUUUAGGACUACUUUUUACUAACAAUAGGAAGUGCAUUUAACCUCUAAGAGAAAUUCCUCUCUUUCUUUUUUUUAUUUUGCCAAACUUACUUUUUAUCUAAAAUCCACUAAUGAUGUAAUGAAACUCCUAAAACGUUUAGCUUUUUGGGUUCUCACUGAGAGAACUUCUCUUUCUUAUCCUCAUUCCUAUAAUGAUGUAAAUUCAAUGCUUUAUGAAUUUUAUUUUUCU